AUGUCCUCCGGCAGCUCGCCUCCUCGGCGCCCGGCGCCGGCGCCGAAGACCUUGCGGAAGAGCCACACGGAUUUGAGCACCUCGAGCGGCGGCACUGCCCUCAAUGCUCCGUCCCGCGGCCACACCGAUUCCCAAGUGUGGUCGCGGCGCAGUACGGUGGAGGGGGUGUUGACGGUGAAUGACAUGCAGACCAGCACCCGCUUAGAGCAGAAGGAGGUGCUCCGGUGUCGAGAGACGUUGAGCAACAUCCUGGCGGGCAAGAACCAAGUCGCCUUGGACCAGGAGUUCCACAGAUGCGUGAUGUUCAAGAACCGCCUGGUGAUCCGGUGCCAAGUGCUGCACUUUGCGGUCAUGGAGGCGGCGAGGCUCCAGAAUGGCUUUUGCGUGUCGGAGGUCCUUGAGGCGAAGGCGGACGUGAACGCCAAGGCCAUGUACGUCACUGUGAAGCCCCUCGGCUGUGCGGCUUUGGACCUGAAGCCCGAAGACUUCCUGACCGGUUUUCCCGGAGUCACCUACGAGACGGAGCUCGAGGCCAUCCACUUGGCCGCGGGCCUGGGGUCCCUGGAGGCCAUGCGCGCCCUGAGCAACGCGGCCUCCAACGUGCCCCGCGCCUCGGAUGACGGCGGAUGCCUCGUGUCGAGCUUCGCAACGGUGAACAUCAAGGGCUGCGAUCAGCGCUUUGACUUCUACUGCCCCAUCCAUGAUGCCGCCUACUUGGGCCAGAAGGAUGCAGUACUUUGGCUCUUGGAGCACAAGGCCCGCGCGGACGCGAUCAACAAGGACGGCUGCACCCCUCUGCACUUCAUCGCCCUCAUCGGAGGCCGGGGCAAUCUCAUGGACUCCGACGUGCAGGAAGUGGUCUCUGCCUUGUUGACGCAUUGCGCGAACCUGGACGCUCGUUCCUUCUCCGCGCAGCAGCCAUACCCCUGCGAUCCCUUCCUGCAGCAAAAAAUCCCACUGGAGAUUGCAGCAGAGACGCAGUAUCCCAAGGAUCUGAUGUAUCUCAUGGCUGCCUCCUUCCAGUCGAUUAACUUCGACAACCCCCGCGCUUUCGCGGACAUCCGGCUGUUGUCCAAGUGCAACAUGAAGGUGGCGGAGGACUUCACGCACGACUUGCUGGAACGGGCGCGCAAUGACAGCACUCUGCUGGACAUGCUCAUCAAGGAGGCGCAGAUGAACGGCGCGGUGGACCGAAUUGCAGCCCUGCUCUACAUGGUGCCCCACGCUGGUGCUGAGAUCCUGGAUGCGCUCACGGUGCCCCCGGUGAUCCAGGAUGCCGCGAAACAUCCGCUGCCCUCGCGCGCGCCGCUGCACACGGGCCCUGCGCGGUGUACGUACCAGCCGGACAUGGUGCAGAGGAGGGAUCUCAUGUGGCCGCAGUGGGAGUACGACGCGGACAACCAGGUCCAGAAGCGCUGGCAUGCCCGCUUCGUCCCGAAGCGCGCCGCGGACAUUCGCCAAGACAACGUCUACGAUGUGGACGUGAAGGUGGUCUUGCUGCCGAACCUCUUGGAUGUGGACAUCUUCAUGGCUUUGACUCGGACCUGGGAGACGCACAACCACGUCUUUGCGAAGCUGCCCAUCCAGGGAGCCAUCUACUGCCUCUGGGACCAGCUUCUUUGGCCUGUCUUCGCCUCUCACUGGCUCUUCAUGGGCUUGGAGUUGGGGGUCCUGCUUUGGUGGGGUCUGCAGCCUUCUGAGGUGCGGAAUCGCUCCAGCAACUCCCUGCAGAACCUCCAUCGGUUCUGGUCCAUUCUCCUGUCCGGCGCUGUCCGAGAAGGACUAAAUCUUCUUUGGUGGUCCCUGGCUCACUGGAGCAAGUGGCAUUCCCACACCGACGCCACCAUGAAGUCCUUGUGGCAUCCGGUGAACUUCUUUACGGACGCCUGGUUCCUGUCCUCCCUCCUGACGCUGUCCUGCCGCCUGCUGCUGGUGCUGCCCUGCCUCUACGACUCCUUCUUUCCGGACCACGACCCGGUGAUGUCGGAGUGGGAGCAGGGCAUGUUGGCCAUCAACACUUUCGCGCAGGGCUUCGCGGUCACUUACAUGCUGCGCCUGCUGCACCGCUUCAAGAGGAUUCUGGCCAUCUUUAAGACAUUCUUCAGUCGCACCAUCCUGGAGAUGUUGCUGAUUGCUUUGAUGAUCUUCGCCUCCUUCUCCUUCGCCUUCUUGACCUUGAUCCGGCGAGAGCAUGCUGCCUGGACGGUGACCUAUCUCUACCGGGGCCUCAUGUUUGGCGACGGCGACGGCCUUGACCGGAUGGGCCUCAUGCUGGGCAGUGACAACAACGACAACAAGGUGGCGCUGGUGCUGUUUAUGGUCUCUGGUACCAUCCUUUUUAACAUCACCAUCCUGAACCUGGUCAUCGCCAUCUAUGGGAACGAGUACGAGCGGGUCAACGCUGAGACUGAGCUCCACUUCAUGAAGGAAAGAGCCAAGUACAGCUUGAUCUAUGUGGAGAUGCUACACAAGCAGCGAUUGAUGCACAUUGUCAAGGAGCUGGCACAUGUCAGCAGCGUGGACGUGCCGGUGGUCAGCAAGAUGAUCUUGCUGGCGACCCAGUCUGUGCUCACCGUCAACGAGUGGCAUCAGAGGCUGCUGGGAAUGCUGAAGCCCCAACUGGCGCGCUGCCAACUCGCGCGCUGGCAGGUCCUUGGAGCGCUAGCUCCAUUGGCGCUGGCGGCUGCGCCUUGGCUGCUGAAGGCGCUGCUGCGGAUUUUGGACACGCUGCCGAUCCUGGGUGCUUGCCUCAUCUCCAUCUCGCAGAUCGCGUGGCAGGCCAUGCUGAUCCAAGCGGACUGGUUCCAGCCGGAUGCUCCGGAGCUGGCGCCGGGGGUGGAGGUGGUGAAGACCAGUGGAGAGGGCCACGGCGUGGUGGAAUGCCAGCAGGGAGAUCUUUGGAAAGUGAAGCUAUCGCAUGCCAACGGGGAAGAGUUCUACCUGGCCAAAGAGAGCGAGCUCGCCAUCCAAAAUUGCGGCUUCCUGUGGAUCUGCCACCGAAGCGACUACGCUGAGACCUUCUUCUUCGAGACUGAAGAGGUCUCGCGGAAGGACUUAGAUCACGUGGCGCACCAGCUGGAUGAAACCAACAAGCGGCUGGACCACCUCGAGCGAGUCCUCGGCGAUAAGCUGGACGUGCUCCUGAAGCUUUCGGAUUUGGAGGCGGACAUUUGA